CUUUCUCCUCCACGGAAUUUAAAGCUGGGAGGUUCUGCCCCCAAACACCCAGCAGGGCCUCCCCACUGGGAACGCGCGCUGACCAGCGGGACGAGCCUGCAAAGCGACCCUUGGGUCUCGGAUCCGACCUUCCUUGACCAUCCAAGGAGAGAAAACCUAGGCGACCUGGGCGUCCGCGCCCCUUAGCUCGGCCCUGCAGGAUGCCUCCUCAGCUCUCAAACGGCCUCAACCACUCGGCCAAAGUCGUCCGGGGCACGCUGGACAGCCUGCCCCAGGCCGUGCGGGAUUUCGUGGAGAGCAGCGCCAAGCUGUGCCAGCCUGACCAAAUCCACAUCUGCGAUGGCUCCGAGGAGGAGAACCAGCAGCUGCUGAGCCACAUGGAGGAAGAGGGUGUCAUCAAGAGGCUGAAGAAGUAUGACAACUGCUGGUUGGCUCUCACAGACCCCAGGGAUGUGGCCAGAAUUGAAAGCAAGACGGUCAUCAUUACUCAGGAGCAAAGGGAUGUGGUGCCCAUCCCCAAAAGCGGCCUCAGCCAGCUGGGUCGCUGGAUGUCCCCGGAGGACUUCGAGAAAGCGUUCAAUGCCCGGUUUCCGGGGUGCAUGAAGGGUCGCACGCUGUAUGUUAUCCCGUUCAGCAUGGGGCCCCUGGGCUCGCCCCUGUCCAAGAUUGGCAUCGAGCUGACGGACUCGCCCUACGUGGUGGCCAGCAUGCGCAUCAUGACGCGGAUGGGCUCGGCCGUCCUGGACGCGCUGGGGGCGGGCGAGUUCAUCAAGGGCCUCCACUCCGUGGGGUGCCCCCUGCCUUUGAAAAAGCCCUUGGUUAACAACUGGGCCUGUAACCCAGAGCUGACGCUCAUUGCCCACCUGCCCGACCGCCGAGAAAUCAUCUCCUUCGGGAGCGGGUACGGCGGGAACUCACUCCUUGGGAAGAAGUGCUUUGCCCUGAGGAUAGCUAGCCGGCUGGCCAAGGAAGAGGGGUGGCUGGCAGAGCACAUGCUGAUUCUGGGCGUAACCAACCCCGAGGGCCAGAAGAAAUACUUUGCCGCAGCUUUCCCCAGCGCCUGUGGGAAGACCAACCUGGCUAUGAUGAACCCCACGCUCCCGGGCUGGAAAGUGGAGUGCGUGGGGGACGACAUCGCCUGGAUGAAAUUCGACCAACAAGGUAAUUUACGGGCCAUCAACCCAGAGAACGGGUUUUUUGGCGUCGCUCCCGGAACCUCUGUGAAGACAAACCCCAAUGCCAUCAAAACCAUCCAAAGCAACACCAUCUUUACCAACGUGGCCGAGACCAGCGACGGGGGCGUUUACUGGGAAGGCAUCGACCAGCCGCUGGCCCCGGGCAUCAAGCUCACUUCCUGGAAGGGCACAGAGUGGGACCCCAAGGAUGGGGAACCUUGCGCUCACCCCAACUCGCGGUUCUGCACCCCUGCCAGCCAGUGCCCCAUCAUCGACCCUGCCUGGGAGGCCCCGGAAGGCGUGCCCAUUGAGGGCAUCAUCUUCGGAGGGCGCCGCCCUGCUGGCGUCCCUCUGGUGUACGAGGCCCUCAGCUGGCAGCACGGUGUGUUCGUGGGGGCAGCCAUGAGGUCCGAGGCCACCGCGGCUGCGGAGCACAAGGGCAAAGUCAUUAUGCACGACCCCUUCGCCAUGCGGCCGUUCUUCGGCUACAACUUCGGCAAAUACCUGGCCCACUGGCUCAGCAUGGCCCAGCACCCGGCGGCCAAGCUGCCCAAGAUCUUCCACGUCAACUGGUUCCGGAAGGACAAGGACGGCAGAUUCCUCUGGCCGGGCUUCGGCGAGAACUGCCGGGUGCUGGCGUGGAUGUUCGACCGUGUCCAGGGGAAGGGCGGCGCCAGGCUCACGCCCAUCGGCUACGUCCCCGAGGAGGCCGCCCUGGACCUGCGGGGCCUGGAGGCCGUCCGCGUGAGCGAGCUCUUCCAGGUCUCCAAGGAGUUCUGGGAGGAGGAGGCGGACGAGAUCCGCAAGUACCUGGAGGAGCAGGUGAACGCAGACCUGCCCUACGAAAUCCAGAGCGAGGUCCUGGCCCUGAAGCAGAGAAUCAGCCGGAUGUGACGGGGGCCCAGGCCGCCCCGCCCCCCGCCCCCCGGACGGCGGAGCCCAGAGAGGGUGCUUCCCGACCUCCCACCGCCUGCAGCACCGCGAUGAGCACAGCCCACGUUUUCUGAUAAGACCCCAGAGUAGGGCUAGUAACAAUGAGGUCGAGAAGGGGGAUCUCAGCACGACUCCAGCCUUCAUGAUCCGGCGCGAUGGUUCAGCCUAGGGACACGCGGGCACAGGGUCUCUGGUUUUGCCCUUCUGCUGUAGCAGGGAGCUGGAAUGCCCAGACUGCUUGAGCUGUAUAUACGCGUAUGUGUCAGUGUGUGUGUCCGCAGACGGUCGUCUGCGACGUAUUUAACACCUUUGAAAAAAUCUUGGGCGAGAUUACUGCUAGUUGUUGCUAGAAAGUCAUGUGGCUUUGUCAUUAACACGUGUGUUUAAAUUAUUUUUAUAUACUGUGGUUCCCUGCCUUCACAUAAUUUCCACGGUUCCCCCUCUCACUUCUUGGGAAAAAAAAUCACAAAAUAAAGUUUUAUAGAAAA